GUGAUAAGGACUGUUGAACGUGUAAAUGAAGACAAUGUGAGUUUCCAUCUGUCGAACCCUUUUUUUACAUGUGUUAAAAGCCUGUAGAUAUGGUUUGUUGUCAAACGAGAAAAUGGCAACACUGUACAUGCGUUUGUGCGUUCCCCGCAUCAUUAUACUAGCUAUAGCAGUUUUGGUUCAGAUGAUUGUGACAGUAAGGUCUGUUUGUCUACCUGAUGCAUUAUCCUUUUAUGGCAGUGGCAGAGCUUGUGGAUUUUACUGGAGAGAUUUUAACAAUGUUUUUAUGGAUAGUACUGAGUUGUGUCAGAUUGAUUGUUCCGUUGAUACACAACCACAUUACAUAUAUACGCUAUGGUUUGAACAUGAAGUGACGGAAAUGACGAUUCAUUUUAUUUCAACAACACAUCCAAGACCAGUUUUUCUUGGGAAUAGGUGUUUGACGUCUUAUUUUAGAGUUGAUAUGAAGAUUUUUUUAACGUGUAAGCAACGAAAAACACACAAUAACGGAUGUAAUGAUGACAAUCAAUGUGCUGAAAUGACUCAUUCCAUGUGUAACAAGACAACUGGACUAUGUCAAUGUAAGGCAAUGUACCUGUAUCUCUGGGAGACGAAUACCUGUGCUCCAGCACGGGGAAUAGGAGAAUCCUGCAACAAUUCGAUUCAAUGUGAAGCAAAGACGCCGUAUUCCACUUGUGACACCGAUAAAAGAUGUAGAUGUGAACAAGGAUACCUAGCACUAAAUGAUUCUUGCUCACCAGGGCGACAACUCAACGAUACAUGUGACGAUUCCAUACAAUGUUCAGCAAUCAACCCAAACGCCACCUGCGAUCAAGGGUCAGGUGUUUGUGAGUGUACAGAAGGUCACCUGGCUAUAUCAAGCAGAUGCAUCAAUGCACGAGGACUGGGAGAACAAUGUGAGGACUACACACAAUGCCAGGCAGCAACCAAAUAUUCAAUGUGCAACAAAAACAACGAAUGCAGAUGUCAGCAAGGCUACGUAGAAGUGAAUGAUUGUUGUGUGCCUGUUCGUAGACUGAAGGAAUCGUGCGAUUCACCCAUCCAGUGUUCAGAAACCACCGCUAACUCAACGUGUAACAAUAAGACUGGGGUCUGCGAGUGUAUCGAAGGUCAUCUUCAAAUAUCAAACACUUGUUUAAGUGUUCAGAUUUUGAUAGACAGUAUUUCUAAAAACAACGAGAGCUGUUCUAAUUCCUCUGGUGGCUGCGAACAAAGUGAAUUUGAGAGAGUGUGCACCAGUAUCACUAAUACACCGUUAAGACACAAGGACAAAGAUAAAAUCUACGAGAGUAAAAAGAACGAUAACUCUGGUCUUGUUAUCGGUAUUGGAACGGCCUGUUUCAUAUUAGGAGCUGCUAUAGGUGGAUUAGUUUACUUUAUCAUUACUCGGAAUAUAAGGAAAACUAAACUAAGAUCUAAAACACCCAGUGAUGACACUACGGAGCAAUUGUCUGUCCAGGUCUCGCAGCAAAUGAAUUCUCGACUUGUUUACAACAACGAUAUCAGAGACAAGGAAGAAGGGAAUGAUGUCUACAUUCAUCUUCACCAAGACCCUUUUGAGGUCGAUGUACAGUCGGACUAUGACCACGCCCCUCAGCAAAUGACAGCGGAGGAUGAUUACAGUCAUAUGAACACAUGCAACAAAACUCUGGGACUGGAAUCUGACUACUAUGGAGAAGCCAGUUGAAGGGAGUUAACGAUCGCUCUAAAACAACAGCCAAAGAGAGUUCUACAUCAUUUUUUAAAAUGCCCGAUAAGUAGAGAGUACCAAGAAAACACAUAAACAAAAAAAAUACAGAAAAGUAACGCUUAAUCAGCUCGAAUUUUCAAAGGCGCUAUUGUCUGUCAAAAAAUCUAUUGUUUCUGAAAAGGCUACGGUGAAAAACUGAGACCUAGCAUCGGACAGUUGAACUGUGCAUAAAUUGUGAAAUUUACUGGCUAUGGGUCAGGGGUUGAGGCUUUUUUAGGGGUAGGGUACAGCAAAUGUGUUUUUUUUAGUCCCUUGAUUCAUUCAGGUAAGCAAUUGUUAUCAUAUUUUAGAAAAUCUACUUAAAUUUUCUGCGUGUUAAGUGAUGUAAAAAUAAACUGACUGUAUGCAUGUCGUGUGCUUUAUUAUUAAAUCUAAAUAUUAUAAAAGAUUGACCAUUAAAGACCUGUAGGUUUCUAUUUACAAAAAGUUUUCAACUUGUGGCACCUGGUGCUAGGAUAUAUAAAAUCUGAGAUUCCUCCGAUUCUUUCCUUCCUACCACCACUACCACCACCACAAAUCAAUCUUUAAAAAAAAAAAUAAUAAUCAUCAAUUUUGAAUUCAGGUUUAUGCCCCAAAAUGAAACUUAAAAUACAAAAAUGAGACAUCUUACAAGCUAUAGUACAUGUACAUGUAAACCUCUUGGUACGAUUACUGCAUCUACAUUUGUAAUAUGACAUUUAACCCAUAAACAAAGUUACAGGUAUAAUGUAUAUGACACAUCAACAUUGCAAAAUUCAAUCAAAUCUAUUUGAUUUAAAGAUUUUAUCUAUUUGUUUUAAUUUUCAUCUAUAUUAUAUAUUUUUGUACCUUUUUUAUUCAUUGCUAUUGUAUGGAUUCUAUUUGAAUUUGUGUUUAACAAUUUUAUUUUGUUUGUCAAAUAUUUCAUUGAAUUUUUUAUUGUGAAAAAUAUAUCAUCAGUAUUUUCAAAUGUUUCAAUUUACAACGAUGCAUUACAGGUAAUAUACCAAAAUAGGUUGCAUAUAUUGCGCGUUGUUUUCAAGAAAGUGGGAGGGAAAGGCGAAAUUGUGGGUAAGAGAAAUUGUAAAGGAAGGGGUAUUUUUGAAUCAUUUUCCCCCCUAACUUUGAUUUUGAAUACUGAUUGUUAUCACCACAUUUCAUUUAUGAUAAAGUCAUUACAUCAACGAUUUGCUUUACUUUAUUAAAAUCCAGGUAUGGUUAUUAUAUAUGCCCAUGGUUCUUUUGAUUAUCUUUUUUAUUACUUUUCAAAUUUAAAACCUUUGUCUAGCUUUAUUAAAAUUGUUUUCAAACUUUUGGUAUUUUCUUGCUCAAAUUUAAAUUAAAA